AUGGCGUCAGCAUAUUCACAAGAGCUAGUUUCUUCAAUAGAAAGCAUGGAGUCAGACGAUGAUAGUGUAGACCACAUUUUGUCGCAAAUGCCUCUCGUUGACGAAGAAGUCGUUGUGUCUGUCUUUGAAACGAUCAUGGAAGAAGAAGAAGAAGAAGAAGAAAAUCAAGUUUCGGUCGCUGCACUGGGGGACGGGAAGAAAAACAUAGAGGAAAAAGUAGGCAGAGAUAGUGAGCGUGAAGAUGAAAGAAAGAUGGAGCAGAGAAUCGCAGAGAAAGAAGUAGGUGAAGCCGGUAAUGAUGGAGAUGAAAAUAAUACAGAAAAGAGAAAAGUAGAGGAAGAAACAGAUAAACACCAUGACGAAGAAGAAGGUAGUAUGAUCGAAAAGGAAUUGUUAGAAAAAAAGAGGAAAAUCAAUCGUGAAAGCAGGGAAAUAGAACAAAAACUUAGGGAAAUCAAGGAGAAGAAAAACAUCGAAGAAAAAAGAAAAAAGGAAGCAGCGGCACUGCUGCGAUAUCGCAAGUAUCCAGAGAACCAGGCCAUCAGUUUAAUGAAGGAAAUGGAGAAGAGAUUAGCAGAAGCGAGAACUGCUGCAAAACACUAA